UGUGUCUUGAUUAGGUUCAGUAUAUUUAGUGUGUGUGUGCCUUCCUGUCUUUGGCAGAUUGUCGUCAACCUUUCCCUGAGUCCUUGUGGUUUACCCAGUGCCUUUUGGGUUUUGUAUGGACUGUUAAGAAUCGCCCCAGACAGCAGCAGAGAAGAGGUGUGAAGAUUUCUCCUGAGUGUCACUGACGAUGAAUCCCGAAGAGCCAAGGUAUGAAGCGUCCGUUCAGCCCAUCAGCUCUAUCCGACACCGAGCUGGAAAGGAGUGGGUUUGGCAGCAGGCUGAUGCAAAUGGACGGCGAGCCGUUCUGCGACAGCCAGGAUGAGGGUGCAGUACCGGAUGAGCAAUCAGCAGGGGGUGCCCUGCCCUCUGCGCUCUGCAGAGCCAAAAGGGAGCGAAAGCAUCGGAGCUACACGCUGUGCGAAGUGUGCAACAUCCAACUCAACUCACCUGCUCAGGCACAGAUCCACUACAACGGGAAAUCGCACCAGAAGAGACUCAAACAGAUAAGCAAUGGCAAGAUGCCGAGUAACACAGGUACGUCGGCCCAGGGCAGCCCUCUCCUGGCUUCCCUCCCUGUCCCAGGACGGCCUCUGCAGCCUCAGCUCGACCUCAAACACCUCCUGCCCUUCAGACUCAAUGGCUCCUCUCCUCUCAGCCUCUUCCCCAACUUUAACACGAUGGACCCUGUCCAGAAGGCAGUGAUCAACCACACAUUUGGUGUCCCUCAGCCCCUCAAGAAGAAACAGAUCAUCUCCUGCAACAUUUGCCAUCUGCGCUUUAACUCAACGAACCAAGCAGAGGCGCACUACAAGGGUCACAAGCACGCUCGCAAACUCAAAGCCAUGGAAGCCCAGAAGAACAGGCAGCGACGAGCUGGGGAGGCCUCAUCCACGGGGAGGGAGAGAGACAGAGACAGAGACCGGGAACGGGAACGAGAACGGAGCAAGACGUCUACAUCAGAGGCAACACUUCCUGCACUCCUGGAUACAAACUUAGUGGAUGGAACAGGUAUUCAGUCUGAUCUAGAACCAGCCAACCUGGAGGCAAAGCUGGAGAAGAGUCCCAGGAGCUCAGUUAUGCUGACGCCAGUUUCUGAAGUCUCCUCUGCUGAUUUAGUCAGCAUGUCCCCUCCUCAGAUAUCACCCUCCUCGCAGCUCUCAGAGACAGCCUCAGACACCUCUUCUCCCGAAGCUCCAGAGGCAGCAGAGGCAGCAGAAGCCUCAGAGGCUUCAGAGGCUGCAGGCCAGACAACUGAGUCAGGCAUCAAUGCAGACUCAUCCAGCACAAACGAGGAGUCCCGUUCAGAUGAGGACAAGGACCCCAAGAAGAGCAAGGCUCACCUCCACUGUCCUGUCUGCAAAGUCACAGUUAACUCUGUCUCCCAGCUCGAAGCACACAACAGCGGUACAAAGCACAAACUGAUGCUGGAGGGUCACAGUGUUCAGCCGCGGCGCAGAGGGAAAGUGGUGGCAGCUCGAGCCGGCUGCAAGAGCAAGCGGCUCGGCACUAAAGGCAGCGUCGGGGUGCCGAGCAAGAACUUUCAGUGUGAAGUGUGCGAGAUUUUUGUGAACUCAGAGACCCAGUUGAGCCAGCACAUGAAUAGCAGACGGCACAAGGAUAGGCUGGCCGGAAAGCCACCCAAACCCAAAUUUACCCCCCACAGCAAGAGCCUGCCGAGCACCAGCUUAGCGAACGUGAGAUGGAGUGGCUAUGCAGGCGUGGCUGUGUCUGCCAUGAAGAAAGCAUUCAGCCAGUACAAUCUCACCUCCCUCUCCUCGCAGACCAAACUGGCCUUGCAGAAGCAGCUGACCAAGAGCUUGACAACUGGCUUCCUGCCCAGCCCCCUCACCCCGCCAACUCUGUGCACAAUGGCAACUAACCCACUGGCCCUGCGCCACCCAGUGGGCACCACCACCUUCAUCCAGACCCCCUUCCUGGGCCCCGCACUGUUCCGGCCCGCCCCGGGGCCGCUGCGGGCCACACACACACCCAUUAUUUUCUCCCCUUACUAAAGACUUGACCCCCUUCCCACGUGAGCUCUACCCUUGACCCUUUACCAAACCCAAGGCCCUCCUCAAGUGUGAUCCAUAUGAAGGCCACACGCAAACUAUGCAGCCCGCUUGACUUACCGGAAUGAGUGCACAAGUCCUGACGCUCCGAGAGAGCUGUUCUUAUCCGAAAGGCCAAGAUCCCCCAUCAUGCCUUCUUUCUGCUCCUCUUAUCUUGACCUAAGGAGCAGGACCGGCCUCCAGAUAGUGACUGGUACUCAGAGGCCGCUUUUAUAGCCAUUUCAUGGGUCAACAUGGUUCAGAUUAUGGAUAUUAUUGUGUAACUUAUUAGAGAACAAAUAUAGAUAAGUCUAGAUGUAUGUUUAGUGUGGUUGCCACAAAAUAAGGUCCCUUUACUUGAUGCUCUUUUAAACGUUUUUAACUUAUUGUUGCGGGGGUGUGAUGGAAGGUGGGAGAAUUAAAGAUGGACACAGUCUCACUGUUAUAAUAAGCUUCAAGGGCCAUCUAAGGUCGAGUCCUGACAGACAUCAUCUUAAUACAGAAAAUAUCAAAUCUCUGGAAAAGUAUCCCACAUCAGCUUUAAACAUUAUUAAACACAAUUCUAUACAAUAACUACAAACACAUAUCUCCAUAUCGUUGAAUUCCAUUAAUUUCCGAUCCAUUUUGCACCACUGGCUGUAUAAAAAGAUGGAUGACGCAUCUCCAACUCCUCAUGUUGUACAAAAGUGAAGUGAAAAUGCUCCUCAUGAUGGGUGCUAACAUAUUUUACUGGUAUUGUCACUUAGAGUCAGAGUCUGAGCAGUGGACACUCAUGGUCAUGAAAUAUUGUACACCGCUGCAGGAGCCGCAUUUGUCAACAGAGCCAUCAUUCAUGGCAUUAUAACACUUUCAUAGCAUAAAAUAAUAAAUGAAAACCUAAAUUCUCAGAAAAAUGAACACUCAGAUAUAAAUCAGCAUAAUGUCUAACUACAAUGACAGAAACCAUGUGUGCUCUGACCUGAUAGUUUGAUCCAUGUCUCAUUUGUUGAUAUGGAGGAGGCCGGCUUCUGAUCUGGAGGGCCACCAAUAUGUCUUCCAUCAUUUUAUACAGUCUUGCGCCUCCAGCCCUCCCAAACACUGUUUUCCUGAGCCCUUGACUUAUAUAAUUGAAACUUUUCUUCCUCUCUUCAUUUCUGAGUCACAGCACAGUCAGAUUAUUUUCCCGCUCCUGUAUCCUCAGGAUUAAGCACUCAUUAAGGUCCAGAAAAGGUCAGCUUGUCAACUCAACUGUGUUUCAAUUUGCAGAUCUGUCUUCUCUUUGGAAUGACUUUUUUUUUUUUCCUUUAUUUGCUUCAGUGCAGUCAUUUGUGCAAUGCAGCUUGAACGUUAUGUUCCUGCCAAGCUGGCGGCAUGGAAACAUGUUUGCAGCUCUGGAUGUCUUACAUUGCAAAAAUGCCAACCUUUCUUUUUUCCCCCUUUGUUCCCCCUUUACCCCGCUGUCGUCACCUCGCUGUUGCCCUUGAUUUUCUGUGGCGUUAACUCAGCAUGAGACGAUGAUGAGGAGCAGGGAACCUCUCUUUCUAACACACAGCCACACACACACACACAAAAAAAUACAGUGGAUGACUUGAAGUCUUGAUGGGAUUUCACAGUGAAAAGUUUGGGUGACAGUGGGUGGGGAUGCUGCUCUGCUGGUGCUUGAUUGACAUCCUGUUGCAGUGUCUGCGCACAGCGUGGGAGGGAACAAAGCACAGUGCCAUGGCAACCACAUUAAAAGCACCUUAAAACUGAUUUACUUACAAAAGCAAUGAAAAGUUGUGUUGGUAUUCACCUUCUUUUGCUGUAGCUGUGUGUUUCUUUUUUCUACCCCAUGUCGAUUUCAGUGAGAAUUUUGCUUUGAGAAAACAAAAACAAUCAGGUGAAGAUGAUCACUUUAAGACAAGUCUGACAUUUAAAGCAAUACAUUCAAUAUGUUUUAUUUAUAACGUGUUUUCAGUGUGUCGUUGGCUUUAUCUACUCUAUACUGUACACACCUGUAACAAUGUACGAUGUACUUACACACAGCCAAGGGCCAUUCUGAACAGUCAGCAGGAGGUCGUUUGAGAUGUCCCUUGAUGCUCGAUGCUCACGGUCAGUCUCGGCGUGCUGGGACUCCAGCCGAGCUGUUUCCAUUCAUAGCUGCUCUCAGAAAGGGUGCUUCAGCGCCGUGUGACAUUGCUCUUUCACUCUCAAGUAGAGCCGGGGAAAAAGAAAACUUUUGUAUGACUUCCACUGAGCAAAACAUUGUUAUGUCAGAAACAAGUGUUUAGGAUGAGUGUCACAAGUGCAACAUCGACUGUCAUAUCGCUGUUCAUGCUGUGAGCUGUCUCCCCCUCCUCCCUCCCACACAGGAUAUCGACUGACACGCAGUCCUCCCUCUGCCAAAAAGGACUCUUGGCAAGGUUUCAUAAGGACUUGAAGCGUUACACAUCAUCCUCCCUUCAUACCAAAUCAUGUUCUCUUGAAUUACAGAGACGGAGCCAACCCUAUACAUCUUUCAUUGUGCAAUAUGUAUAGUCGUCUGUGAUGCAGCAGUGCCAUCUGUCGUAAAAACCCUUUUAUUGCCAUCCAGUGCUCGUGCUUGGAUAAAAUCAUCAUAUCUAUAUUUCUGUUUUAAGGACCUCCAAGUGUUUCUGGGUAAUCAAAGCCACCGGGUCCCCCCGCCAUAUCGAUGUGACCUCCCCCCCCUCCCCAGUCGCACUACUCAGUGAACCAGCCAGCCUUUAAUCUUCACUGUGUGUUUGUUUCUGUCGCUCAGUGGGAACUCUGACCUGAAGAAGUGAAACUUUGUUAAGAUAAAGAAUCUAGAGAAGGCAAAAUUAUAUGUAGAAACCAUAGAGUAACUAUAGAGAUUUAUCAGAGUUGCUAUUGUUAUCUGUAUCAUAAAGAUCAUAGCAGAGGGUAGAUUAUGUUAUUGUAGGCUCCGUGCAGCAUACAUGAGGAGGAAAAAAGCUUUCUUUAUCUUUGUUUAUUUACGUGGUUUUACAAACAUGUUUUUUUAAAGUUCAAGAGAAAAUAUGUAAAAGCUUUUCUUUUCUCUCCUUGUUGAUUAAUAAUAUUAUUCAAGGCCUUUUUUAAGACAAUAUCCUAAAGUCACAUUUAGCCAGGCCUUCUCAGGGGUGACAGGUUGAGCAAAAGCUAACAUGACCAUCCAUUCAGGGUAUCCCUCCACAGCUCGGGAGAGCAGGAAACACUGUACGCAUGGAUGGAGUGACAAAAUAAAAACUUACAGUGCUGUACCAUA